CCUUGACUUCAUCAGUCUACAAUCAUCUCCUACUGGCUCUUGUAGUCGGCAUCUCUUUUGACUUUAUCAAGAUGACAACAUAUCCAUUACACACCCAAGGAGGUCCAGUCUCGCGAGUUAGAGCUAAGAAGAUGCGUGAAGUUUUAAAUGGCCUUAUUGAGCAGAUCUGGGUUGAAAACAACAUACAACAAGCAAAUCGAAGCUUGGAUGAUUAUCAAGGCAUGGUAAACAUCAUUCAAGUUCAAGAGAAGCUUAGUUGAGGUCAUUUGCACAGAAUUACACAAUUUGUGUCAAAAUCGCACAGUUCUGCCGCAAUUUGUAGCAAACUGAUAUUUUGUGUUAUUUUAGGUUAUUUUUAGUGAUUUUCACGUUUUUUGUAUUAUUUUUGGGCUGAACAUUCGCUUAUUUGAAGCCCAAUUCGUGGUUAUUAGGUUUAGGACUUAGGGUGUUAAUUUCCUAUUCUGAUUAGGAUUUGUUUUCUCUAUUUAAAAGGCUUGUAAUCCUAAUGGGGAGGGAGGCUAUUGAAUCUGAGAUUUUGAGAGACUUUUCUCUUUGGUUCGUUUCAGAACUUUAC